ACUGUGUGUCGUGCAGCUGAGAAAGCUAUGUUGGAAAAAGAGUAAUCAUUGAAGGAGGAGUGGAGGAGGAAGAUUUGAGGUGUGUGGCGACAAAAUCGUUUACGGCAGCGAUGACGAACUACACUUGUCCCCUAUUUUAAGUCCGCCACUUCAGUUCACUUGGAUUCAUCACUCGAAUUCUCAAUUCCGCCAAAAUGGGAGUAAACGUGCCCAAAAUCAAGCUCGGAUCGCAAGGCUUUGAGGUCUCCAAGCAAGGCCUCGGAUGCAUGAGUAUGUCGGCCUUUUACGGCCCGCCCAAGCCCGACGCCGAUAUGAUCAAGCUUAUCCACCACGCCAUCCACUCCGGCGUUACCUUUCUCGACACCUCCGACCUCUACGGUCCCCACACCAACGAGAUCCUCAUCGGAAAAGCUUUGAAAGGGGGGAUGAGGGAUAAAGUGCAACUUGCUACUAAGUUUGGGAUAAUUUACCGAGAUGGGAAGGGUGAGAUAUGUGGUGACCCAGCAUAUGUGAGGUCAUCAUGUGAGUCGAGCUUGAAGCGUCUUGAUGUGGACUGCAUUGAUCUCUAUUAUGCUCAUCGGAUUGACACAAGCGUGCCCAUAGAAGUCACUAUGGGGGAACUCAAGAAAUUGGUCGAAGAAGGAAAGAUAAAAUACAUAGGCCUCUCAGAGGCAUCUGCUUCAACAAUUAGAAGGGCUCAUGCUGUUCAUCCAAUAACUGCCCUUCAAAUUGAAUGGUCAUUGUUUUCAAGAGAUGUGGAAGAAGAAUUGAUUCCUACAUGCAGAGAACUUGGUAUUGGAAUUGUCCCAUAUAGUCCACUUGGACGCGGCUUCCUUUCAGUAGGUCCCAAGUUUCUAGAGGAGGCAUCAGAGGGUGAUGUUCGCAAGACCGCCUAUUUUCCGAGGUUCCAGGGUGAAAAUCUUGAAAGCAACAAGCUCUUAUACGAAAAGAUUCGUGAAAUGGCUACAAGUAAAGGUUGCAGCCCAUCCCAAUUGGCGUUGGCUUGGGUUCAUCACCAAGGAGAUGAUGUGGUUCCUAUACCGGGCACCACCAAGAUCGAAAAUUUCAACGACAAUAUAGGAGCACUAUCUGUGGAACUAUCACCAGAAGAGAUGACCCUUCUAUCUUCUUUGGCUGAGAAUGUCAAAGGAGAAAGGCUCAUAACCAUGGAGCACACAUGGAAAGACGCAGACACGCCCCCGUUGGAAUCGUGGAAACCCGAGGGUUGAUAUGCAUAACUGCUCCUCUCCUUCCAUUCCUCCAAUAGUUCUUGUAGUAUAGUUAACUACUUGAAAAUCUAUCCUUCUUCCCUUUUUGUUUGUUUAUGAAAGGAAAUGGCUUGUUUGAAUAAUUCUUCCAAUAUAGUUUGGUAAAUUUGUGUGAA